AUGGGUCUUAGAAACUUACAUGAAAUAAAUUUAAUUCAUUAUGAACUUCAUAGUGAAAAUAUUUCGAUGAAAAAUUAUCUCGAUCUUAGCGAUUCUAACAUAGAAAUAGAUUUAAGUUCAUUGGAUAAUGAUGUUAUGCGACAACUUAAAAUUGCUGAUGAAAAUCAAAAAAAUACAUCAAAAUCUCAAAAGCAAGAAUUGCUUGAAUUCUUUUCAUAUUCAAGUAAGUUGCAUCCUCAAUCAUAUUAUAUUGGCCGAUAUAUUCAUACUCUUCAUGGAUUGCAUGAUUUAUUGGAAGAAAUAAAAUCUGGAAAAUCUUCAGAUCCUAAUUUAUUAAGGCAAUGA